UGCCUCCCAUCCCAUGUUUUCAACUUGCAUGUGUGGUUUGAAUGUGCAAGCAUUUGUGUGUGGUGUGUUCUGGAGUUUGGGAAUGUGUUCUGUGUUAUUUUUGUUUGAGCAGGUAUUUGUGAUAAUAGAUCUUGAGAAGAUCUUUCCGACGCAACAAGAAUCCCUUCAAUCGGAGCAAGAACGCGAAAGCUAUGAAGAUUCAAAGAUCAUGAGCUUGCGGGAAACUCUGCCGAAAUUUCGUGGACGCCGACACUUGUGAAAAUAUCGAGGGAGCUGAGUCUGGACAGCAAAGGGGGAGCUGAAAUUCGUCAUUUCUCAAGGAGAAGAUGAAUGAGAGAGGAGGAGAUGCUAAUGGAAGAGGAGCUGUACCUGAGAAGACAAGUGAGCCGCCACCAUCAAAGGUUGAAGCUUUGGAUGGCUCCAACUAUGAGGAAUGGAGCGGGCGCAUGAGGAGUGCCUUCAAACGCUACAAGCUACUGAAGAUUGCUGUUGGGGAGGAGAAGAUGCCGGAAGAAGGCGAAGAACGCGAACGGUGGAUUGAGAAAAGCACGGUGCUUUUCGACCUCAUCCUUCAAUCGGUCAACAAGGAGAUGUUCGAGCACAUCAAGGAUCUUGUGGAAGCGGAUGAUUCGGGUCCAAGGGCGUGGAAACUACUACGCGAUGUGAUUCAGCCCAACACUCUUCCGAUGGUGAUCGUGCUCGAGAAGGAACUUGCUGCAAUCUCCAUGCGACCAGGGGAUGAUGUGAAACCGGUCCUUGACAAGAUCAAGGACACCUAUGCAAGGAUGGCAGCAGCGGGCAGCAGCGUUUCUCAGCUGCAGCAGUGCACCAAGAUCAUCUCGGUGUUGGAUAACUCGUGGGACAACCUCAUCCCCACCCUCAACUCUCAGCAAGAUCAAUGGACACCUGAGUGGCUAAGGCAGCAGAUUCUGCAGGAGGACUUCCGCAGACGCCAUGUGGGAGGCGGUGCUGCCACUAAGACUGCUGAGGGGUAUGGAGCUGCAGGGCGCGGCAGAGGAAGAGGGGGUUGGAGAGGCCGAGGCCGUGGGAGGAGCUUUGGCAGAGGUAGAGGCCGAGGUGACUAUAAUGAGGGGCAUGGGAGCUCUGGUGGCAGGGGGAGUACCAGAAUGGAGGGCACCUGCUGGUACUGCAAGAAGGUCGGGCAUCCUUGGUUCAAGUGCUUCAGCAGGCCGGAGGGAUGGGCACCUCCAGGCAUGAAGCCGCCCAGUGCAGCGUCAGGUGCUUUGCUCCCCGUGAUUGGUGUUGGGAAUGCCAAGGUUAAGGGAGCCAAUGGGGAACUUGUGGGGCUUGGGAAUGUUCUGCUGGUUGAAGGUCUGUCUGCUAACCUUCUCUCUGUGCGGCGACUGCAGAAGAGCAAGGCCGAAGUGACCUUUGGACCAACCAGCUGCCGUGCUAAGCUUGGGAAGAAGGCUUCAUCAAGGAGUGGUGAGGCCGAUUGGGAGACAUGGCAUGAGAGGCUGUGUCAUGUAAACUUCCCUAUGCUGCAGAAGUUGGUGAAGGAUGGGAGCCUGAAAGGCUUGGAGGUGAAAGGGGGAGUGAAGGAGAUUGGGAGCUGCCCUACAUGCUUGGAGACCAAGUUCUCCAAGUUUCCCUUCAACAGCACUACAGGAACAACACUGAGGGUGCUGUUAGCGAUAGCUGCACUCCUGGGAUGGAAGAUACGGCAGAUGGACAUUGUGACUGCCUUUCUGAAUGGGAUCAUUCUGGAGGAGGUGUACAUGAAGCAGCCAGAGGGGCUGGAUGAUGGGAGCGGCAGGAAGGAGCCGACGGUGAUCUUCUGUGACAAUGAGUCUGCUGUGAAGCUCGCCAAGAAUGCUUGUCUGCAUGGGCUUACAAAACACAUAAGGCCUAAGUGGCACUGGGUGAGGAGACUCCUUGAUAAGGAGGUGCGGCUGGAGAUAGUGAAGACCCAUCAGCAGGCAGCAGAUAUUUUCACUAAGCGUCUGGCGGAGGCGGAUCAUUGGAAGGGCAUGAAGCUUGCUGGGAUGAGUGUGCAUUGAGUAUGCAUGCUUGAGAUGUGGUAUGGUGGAUGAUGGUUGGCAGCCAGAGGGGGAGAUUGUUGUGUGAUGUCAUCAUAUGCUAUCACAUUCUGUCUGCCUCCCAUCCCAUGUUUUCAACUUGCAUGUGUGGUUUGAAUGUGCAAGCAUUUGUGUGUGGUGUGUUCUGGAGUUUGGGAAUGUGUUCUGUGUUAUUUUUGUUUGAGCAGGUAUUUGUGAUAAUAGAUCUUGAGAAGAUCUUUCCGACGCAACGAGAAUCCCUUCAAUCGGAGCAAGAACGCGAAAGCUAUGAAGAUUCAAAGAUCAUGAGCUUGCGUUACAAUUGCGGCGGUUACAAAGUGAAGUUGUGGGGUGACUUUAUAUGGAGUUGGGACCUUUGGGUUUGGGGAAACUUGUCACUCUACUGUAACAGCUGCAAAUAGGUUGGGAACAACCAAGCUAGGUUGGCAAGGGUGGCCAACUUGGAUGGAUUGGUUGGGAAGGGACAAAGGUCAAAUUUGGGGUUCCUAUAGGGAGGGAAUCUUUGUGCUUAUGGGGUUUCCUUGGUUGGGGACUCUCUUGGGACCUUCCCUCUCGUCCCUCUCUUCUAUCCCAACCUUUCUCUUGCUCCUCUAAUUCCUUGUGAG